CACGUGACCUGAGAAGUGCCUGGAACGCGGAAAGCUUGGAGUUUCGCUGGCGGUAGUACGAGUUCAGAACAUUUUUUUUUUCUGGCUGUUGAAAAUCUGUAACGGUGUUCAUGUAAGGACUGUGGUUUUAACAUUUAUGAGUUUCUGCUGUGUGUCCAUUUCCAGCUCCUUGAUGUGGACCCAGAAAGAAGAGAGCGAUUGGGUGAAUGUGGCAAAUGAUCUACUGAGUAAGUGCCACAUAAACAAGAGGCUGAGGAAGCUCACAGACUGUGAUGCAAAUAUCUUCAUUACUUUGUACGAGACCAUCGUGGGAGAGAAAGUUCCAGAUUAUAUUGAUGUGCCAAGUUGUCAAGAAGAUGAUGUCCACAAUGUCCAGUGUGUGAUUGAUUCACUUUCUCUGGACUAUCUUCAGAUCAGUCUCUCUCAUAUUACAGGAGAAAAUGUUGUCAGAGGGGACAAAGUGUCUAUCAAGAAUCUUCUGGACAUCUUUGAAGGUCUAUUUGAAUAUCUCACUGAGGAGUUACAGAAUGAGGAACUGAAUGUCAGUCCCCAUGAGGACACACCUCACAUAACUGAGAAGCCAAUAAGCUGCAAUGACAUAGAGCCAGAGAGCAAAGCGGAGGGAGCGUCUCUGCCUUCCAGUGUAGAGAGCAGGUGCAGUUUCACAUCAUGCCCAGGACUGAAUAUAUUGAAUAGCUUGAUCAUUGUUCUACUUUUCUGUUCCUCUUCAGUGAAGCAGAAUGAGGUCCUAUCAGUGCUCCUGGAGGAGCUGCCAUACCUUCAGAUCUCCCCUCAGACUCUGGGCCGUAUGUGGGAGCAGCAGCUGCAGCAGGUUGACAGACUCCAUGGGAUUACCUCCUCUCACAAUCAGCGUCACAGAAAUCUGUCCAGUCAGCUGGAGGAAACACAGAGGAGACAUGACACAUUGGUGGAGAUUGUCCGCAAAGACAAGGAACACAAGAAGCGUCUGAAGGACAUCAAAGAGCAAGCAAGACAGCAGAGGUCGAUCCAGAGCGCACUGAGAGAACGCAGGCAGCAGGUCACCCGUGCUAAGAAGUACUACAAUGAGUACUAUGUGCAGCACCGUGCCCGCCUAAUGAGGGCACGCACCAAGGAAGAGAAGAUGUUUCGGCAGUUAUUUGAGGAGAGUUUGGAGCUUCAGAAGCUCCAGCUGAGAGAACAGAUCGCCUAUGCCAGGGAGCAGAGUCUGGAACACGAGAAACGAUGCCAGGAUCAGAUCAAGUCCAUGGAGAACUACUUCAAAGAUCAGUUUUCACUACUCGCUGAGAAAUUUCAGCAAGAGCAGCAAGAGAUCCAUGUUUGGAAAAAAGCCAGAGAAAAGGCUCUACUGAAACUGAAGCAAGAGCUGCGUUCCAGGCUGGUACGUGAAAUCUGUGAUCUGCAGAAGGUGAUCAUCAAGAAGGAUGAGGAGGACCACUUCAAAGAACUUGAAGUCCAAAGGCUGCAGAACAGAGUCCACAUGGCUUCUUUCCAGUACAGGACUGGCUGUCUGUACUGAGCACAGGAAUGGCAGCAGUCAGGACGUAGCAAAUCACUGAGACCACCUAAUCACUCCACUCACAUUUAAAUUAAAUAAAAACUAGAAA